UCCACCCAUGCUUAGGGUUUUGGCCAAUGAAAAUUUAGACUUUGGACUGUUGCCGCGAAACCAGUGAGAUUAGUUCCACCGCCUAAAUGUUUCGGCGCCUGCGCAGAUUGGGGAAAGUUCUGGAAGACAGCGGAGGUGCCGCCAUUUUGCGGGAAGAGGAGAAGCUCCGACUGCCGUGCUGCUUUUACUGCUGAGACUCUGGAAAAUAGCCCUGCUUCGCGCCCCCAACACACCCAAAGGAACGGAGGAAACCGGGGCCCCCUGCGGGGACCCGGAACUGAUCUGCUACGAUGGCGUCCGAUGACUUUGAUAUAGUGAUUGAAGCCAUGCUGGAGGCUCCCUAUAAAAAAGAAGAGGAUGAUCAGCAAAGGAAAGAAGUUCAAAAAGAUGGCCCCAGCAACACCAACGCCAGCAGCAACGGCAACAGUGGCAGUGGUACCAGUGGGAGCAGUGCCAGUGCGGAGGCAAGCAAGAAAAAGAGGAGUCGGAGCCCUAGUAAAAGCAGGGAUAGAAAGCGCAGUCGCAGUCGAGAUCGGGACCGGCACAGGCGGAGAAGCACUCGGAGCCGAAGUCGAGAGCGGCAGCGUCGCCACCGCAGCCGGAGCUGGGACCGUCGGCACAGUAGUGAGUCACGCAGUCGGGACCGGCGGCGUGAGGAUCGUGUGCGUUACAGGAGCCCGCCACUUGCCACUGGGCGUAGGUAUGCGCACAGUAAGAGUCCUCAUUUCAGAGAGAAGAGCCCAGUCAGGGAACCAAUUGAUAAUCUGAGUCCCGAGGAGCGUGAUGCCCGCACGGUUUUCUGUAUGCAGUUAGCUGCCCGCAUUCGGCCUCGAGACCUGGAGGACUUUUUCUCUGCUGUCGGCAAGGUUCGUGACGUCCGGAUCAUCUCAGAUCGGAAUUCCCGUCGUUCUAAGGGCAUCGCCUACGUAGAAUUCUGUGAGAUCCAGUCUGUGCCACUGGCCAUUGGGCUGACUGGGCAGCGGCUGCUUGGAGUGCCCAUCAUUGUCCAGGCCUCACAGGCUGAGAAAAACCGACUGGCAGCCAUGGCUAACAACCUGCAGAAGGGCAGUGGUGGACCAAUGCGCCUCUAUGUGGGCUCCCUGCACUUCAAUAUCACUGAAGACAUGCUCCGGGGCAUCUUUGAGCCCUUUGGCAAAAUUGAUAAUAUUGUCCUGAUGAAGGAUUCAGAUACAGGCCGUUCUAAAGGUUAUGGUUUCAUUACGUUCUCAGACUCCGAGUGUGCUCGGCGAGCCCUGGAACAGCUGAAUGGCUUUGAGCUUGCUGGUCGACCUAUGAGAGUUGGUCAUGUGACUGAGCGACUGGAUGGUGGCACAGACAUCACUUUUCCGGAUGGGGACCAGGAGCUGGAUCUGGGAUCAGCAGGUGGACGUUUGCAGCUCAUGGCCAAAUUGGCAGAAGGCUCUGGAAUGCAGCUGCCUACUACCACAGCUGCUGCUGCUGCUGCUGCUGCUGCUGCCCAGGCUGCUGCUGCCUUGCAACUGAAUGGGACAGUUCCCUUGGGGGCCCUGAACCCUGCGGCUCUGACUGCUCUGAGUCCAGCCCUGAACCUCGCCUCCCAAGCAAUCGCCUCCCAGUGCUUCCAGCUUUCCAGCCUCUUUACCCCUCAGACCAUGUGAGUCUCAGGGUCUGGUAUUCAUGGUGGCAAGUGCCAUGUCUUUGGUUAUUUUCUUUCCUUUGGUUUCCCAUUUACCUCUUCUCCUUGCCAUAGGUAAAUCAGUGGCUCAGUACACUGCCUCCCUGUGCCUCUGGGUGCCACUCCCUUUUCCACGUCUACCCUUCCAUGGCCCCUUCUCUCCAUUUUGUGGACCAAGCUAUCCUGAGGGCGUGGAUGUUGACUCUGUGGGAAUUGGGGCCACCUUUAGACUCCAAGAAGAGCUCCUGCCCAGGGCCCCAUCGGGAAUGGACUCUGCUGAGCAAAGCCAGUAGUUGAAGAGGACAGAAUCUGCACCUAUAUUGAACACCUGUUUUUCCGUGUGUGUCAUCUCCUGGGAUGACCUUCAUUGCUCUCUCCGACCAACUCUUAGUGAUUCCUCGAUUCCUCCCCCGUUGGGAAGGCCGUAGGGCAUUAACUGAGGGAACUAACCUCUCUCCUUUUCCUGUACUUUUACCCUACAAUCUGUUGAGGAAAACCCUUGAAGACCUCUAGUCCAAGAGGACUUUGCAGUUUGGAAGGUGAACCUUGAAAGUGCUGGCUUGCUGCUGCACAGGCCCUGGAAGAUGGCAUGGACAUGAACAUUGUGAAGCCUUCCUUGGGUCUCAGCUUGAGGCCAGAACUGCUACUGUGGGCUCAGCCUCUUACUGAGAAGUAUGGGAGUAAUCUGUCCUGCCAGGCAUUUUGGAUGUCUUAGGGGCAUCCAGGAGUUGAGUGAAAGGUGGGGUACUUCUCUAGUAGGUUCCAUCUUCCUCUGUAUAGUUUUCCUUCCUCCCAGGUCUUUCCUGUGGCCCAGGGUGGGAGGAUGGAGAGGAGGCUGCUAUUCUCUACCACUUCCCAUGUGCCUCUACCAUGGGCUCAACCCCAGCUGUUAAAGCUGCUCCUGUCCCCUACCUGGGCACAUGUGAGCCCUUCUCACUGGAUUUUAUACCCUUGUGUCUGUGUACAUAAAAUUGUGUGUGUGUGUGUGUCUGUGUGUGUGUAUGUGUACACGUAUACACAUACACAUACACAUACGUAUAAACUUUGUAUAAAAGGCAAGCUCCACUGUUGUGGCGGCUGCUGCCCAUGUGUGUGUGGUCUCAGUCAGUUGGUGUAUCUGUCUGAUGUUAAUAACUUUUCAUGAGCCAAAACCGUGAAUGGUUCUAGGAUAUAAAACAUUUGUAAUGCCUUUCUGUUUUUUCCCUUUGAUUUUGUUUUAUCUAACGUUCUUUAGAAAUUAAAAUGGACGAAAGGCACACGCCUGGAUGGAGUUCCCAGUCUGUAUCUGCAUUACACCUUUAGCCCCAUUGUCUCCUCCGUUUGUCUUCAUCUUAACUAUUUCCAAACCUACCUUGCCCACUGGACACACUUCCCAAGGCUGUGUCUCUGCGUCUAAGGGACAGAUCUUGUCUUUCCACCAGAUGGCAGUGUGACAGUAGCACAUUCUGCUCCUCAAGUGGCUAGAGGUGUUCGAGAUCUUGAGCAGCUUAAGUACCAGGGAAGCCUAAGCUCACCAGUUUUACCAUUAGCCUCUGUGCCCGCUUUUGGCCCUCAUUGUAAUGGAAAUCCCAGUCUGGUAUCCAAAGGGGCUUGGGGGUCUUAUAUCAGGGCUCCCCAGGCCUUAAAUCUGCUAUUCCUUGGUCAGUCCCCUCAAGUCUUGUUUUCCAUAUAUGGCUCUGCUUGAGAUAACACAGGCUAGGACCAGUGAAUUCCAGAAAGCUGAGUAUCCCAGGAAUCGCCCUGAGGAAGGGGAUGCACAUCUCUUUUCUCUGCCGGCUUUGUAAGAUCUGUGACAAGGGGCCUGCCAGACUGGCUCACCAGUUAGGGACCAGCCUAGAGAAGAAGGUCUGAGGUUCAGGGGCAGAGCUCUGUGGGACUCCCCCAUUCUCUUCUGGUCUCUAUGGCAACAGAAUGUUAAGACUGUAUUGUCAUGCUAAAAAUAUGGAUAAUUGCUGUUAGGUUUUAAUUUGUCAGCUCUUAGACUUCUAACCAGAGUGAACAGUUUUUGGUGAUACUAGCUUCUGGGGUUGCUUUUCACACAGAAGUAUUAAGUACUUGGUGCCUGCUUGUGGUAUAAAAGGCCACUGGGACCCAGGACUAGGUCUUGAUUCCUCCUAUCCCAAGUACUGACCAGGCCCGACCCUGCUUACCUGCUGAGAUCAGCCAAGAUGGGGUGUGUUCAUGGUGGUAUGGCUGUAUAGGCUGGUGCAGCCUCAUUUGCUGCUACGGUUGCCUUUGCCACCACCUCCACCCUUUCCUGUUCUAAUUUGCUCUCUUGGCCCGGGGGAUAGGACAGAGGAUACAUUGUUUUUAGGUAGCAGCUGGCUGUGGCCCAGUCCCCCUGUAGUUAUUGAUUUGGCUGCUAAUGCAUCCUGAAAAGUACAGUGUGGACCAUUUUUGUUAGUCAUCCUGAGGCAAUGGACUGGGCCGUCUCAUGGCAGUUUUGAACUCUUCCAAACCAUAAAUACCCACAGGCUUUGCCUCCCUGCCCUCCUCAGAUGGGUGUCUAUCUUUGCUUGGUUUCCUUAUAUUCCCAUCCUUGCCUCCUUUGGUCUUCCUGCACUUUGGUUCCUGCCACCCUUCUUAGUUCCUCAUACAGCCUCUUGUUGGGAGAGGGAGCGUGGUGGAAGUGAGGAAACAUCUAAGACAGUUACUCUAGUCUUAAUCCAUAUAAGGUGACAGCAUCUAGUGGGUGACAGCUGGAGUCACUGCAUGUGACUCAGUGCCUUCUUGUUACUCAUGCCUGCAUUGGAGGUGGUUGGAGUAGAGAGGAGGGGGCAGCAAACAGCCUCUGUGCCCAGCCUAAGGUAAAAGAAACCUUCAACCUCUCUUGUCUGGGCAUGGCACCUGGGGCGAAGGUAGAGGAGAGACUGACCCGGAUCCUCUACUAGCAUAGAAUUUCCCAACUGUCCUCAGUUCUAAACAGAUGUUCACCUGACAUUUGGCUUCUAGCCCAUGCUUCUGCCUUUUCUAAGGCAGUGGUGUUUUCCUCCCUGUUCUCUAAACUUCUUUGUUCUUGAAAUUGAGUUUCUGCCUACUUCCUUCUUAGGUUCCAACAACCCCCGAUGUGAGCUACCAGAGGAAGCAGGUGUUUACCCUUUGAACCUUUAGUCCUGGUGCUUAUGCAGAAGGAAAAUAAGUUUACACCUUGAAGGGAGAUGGUCAGCCGCAGCCUCUCCUUUUUCUGUUAAGGAAGGGGUCUGGUGAGAAUCCGGAAGUAAUAUUUAGACAGGGAGAAAAGGCUGUCCUGGCUUCGGAAAGUAGGAGGGGGUAUAAUGAUGACUGUUAACAUCGGUGCAGGGUGGUCCCGUCGUUGUGGGUUAGGCAUUGUUCUAAUCACUUCGUAUGUAUAGAGUUGCUUCAACCUCACAGUGACCUCUGAGGCAGACUCUUUUAUCAUCUUUGUGAACAAGGAAGAGGCUACCCAAAGUGUAAGUAACCUGCCCUGCGAUUACACAAGUGAGUUUGGGAUUCCAAUCCAGGCAGUCUAGCUUCACAUUCCUGGAUCCUAAUCUCAGCCUGCCUCUUGUGGAAGCCAAGGCCUUGGAGUCACUUUUCCUGUCUCUGUACCCAGAGUUCUCAGUAUGUCCUGAACUUUUCCUCUUCCACGUCUGCUCAUCUUGUUCUCUUUUUGCUCCUCUCCUGCUGGUUAAAAUCCUGUCCAUUAAGACUCUGAAGCUUUGCUAGUUGGUUUCCCUUUUCAGUAUUCUUUGUCCCAUUAGAAGUCUCAUUCUGUCUUUAUUUACAGUUCUCGACUACAGUUCUCUACAGUAACCUCUACUAGUAGAUGGUGAUAGCCCAAUGAGACAAGGCAUCAACAUGUCUUUUUCACUAUUGCUUUCCUUCGCACAUAUUAGAUGUCUUGAAUUAAUUUCCCCUCUGUUCAAGUCAGAGCUAAGCUUUCCAAUGUCCAUCCUGGCCUCCUCCUCCAUUCAUUCCUCACCCUCCAAGAGAGAAAGCAGCUUUACUCUUUUUGGUGUUACCAUGGUAGCCUGUGAUGCUUUGUCAAAAAUGCUGCUUCCCAUCCAACAGAGACGGAUAUUUCCAUGGCAACCAGGUGAAGUCAAUAGUCAUGAGCUGGAUCCAGGAAAGAAAUUCUGGUCUCAGAACUGUGUCUGAACCUUCUGGCUUCAAACAUUCCUUCUCUUCUCUCCCAACUCUUACAUUUAUAUCCAGAACUGAUGUGCUCAGUGUGCUCUUGGUUGAGAGAGCUCUGAGAGGUGAAGCAGACCAACCAGUUUAGAUCAUACGGGAAGGUGGAGGCAAGGAAAGAGCUGAUCAUAGCUCACUUUUAAAAGUUGGAUGAGUUCUGUUAGCUUUCCCAGAUGAUCUCCUCUCAAGAGCCCUUAAGGAGUUGGCUGCAGUUACUGGAGAGCCAUUAAGCAGUUAUUUUUUAGGGCAAUGGUAGAUGGAUGAGGGCCCUGAAGACUGGAAAGGAGCCAGUCAAUGCUAGAUUGCAGAAAGGAGAAGCAAUGACCUUGGAAAUCAGAGACUUGUCAAACUCUAGCCAAUGUCCCAGAAAGGAAGGGAGCUUCAGUCAGCUUUCAGGCAUCAUGAAGCCUACUUGUUUAGAAUGGGUGGUGCUGAAAAUUAGCCUUUUCUGAACUGGGUUGGGCCCAACCAAGUCAGGAGACAUCCACCCUGUAGCAGAAUGGUCACCCUCUGGGGCAAUACCACAUGGUUCAGAUAGCUCUUCUGUCACAAACCAGCUGAAUAAACUUGGAUGUUCAUCACUUCUCUAACCUCGACUCUCCUUCUGUAAAAGGGAAAUGAUGACAAUAGUACCUGUCUCAGGGACAUUGUGAGGAUGCAAUGAAAUGAUUGUGCUGAGGGCUUAGAACUUGAUAGCUUGUCAUUACUACUUGUCAUAGCUACUGCCAUCACUAUCCCCAUUCCUCUGGAUGCCUACACACUUGACUCUCUACCUGACCUCAUCUUCCAACCUCAAAGAAUGCUUAAUAUAUGCAGGGAGAGAAGUGAAGGUGAGGCAAUGGUGAAAGUAAGUCUCAAUUGUUCCUGGACUAAAGUCCCAAGCUCCCUAGGUCCUGGGUCACAAGCAGCUUAGUUUUCAGAAAAACCAGUCACACUGGCUCAAUCUCUUUUUAUGCCUGAAACUAUAAAUCAGAGCGAGAUGGCUUUGAAAAAUCAAUGUGAUUCUCUCCCUCCCCACCCCCUCAGGUACCUUCAGGGUACCUAGUGCCCUUUGCUUUGUCUGGCCGGGGAAAAUCCUAGUGGUGUCUGCUACAGCCCUUUGCUUAACCUCCCUCCUGACCUUCCGCAGGUGCUCCUGUAGCACCUGCCAUCACUGGUCUCCAGAACUCUGACAAUUUCCUUUCAGAUAAAUGUUUUAAAUCAGCACAGGUACUCUGCCUAAAGACAUUAUAACCUGAACAAACAAUGGAACACUAGGCAGUAUAAUACCAUCACUGAGGCUUUGGUUGCCAAUCACCCCCCUCCUUCCCCAUCCUCUUCAAAACAACACAACUCACAGGGGAUUACCUGUGAGUCCUAUGGGAGGCAAGUUGGACUUUGUGGACUGCAACUUAAAUACUUUUUUAUUUAUCUUUUUAAGCAAUCUCUACACCCAGGGUGGGACUCAAACCCACAACCUCAAGAUCAAGAGUCGCACGUUCCACUGACCAAGCCAGCCAGGCACACCUUAAAUUUGUAUCUCCAGGGUGCUGCUCUGCUUGAGAGGUUAGCAAGCUGUCUGGAUGCCUGAAUAAGGGACCUGGACACAGGUUGUAAAAAGCAUUACUUCCACAGCUCAUUUGUAUAAUGUUUGACAAAUUACAAAGAUACUUGGAUUUGUAUUUAGUCCUUAUGACUAUCCUACAAGGUAGGUAAUGUUAUCUUCAUUUUACAGUUGGGAGAGCUGAGGUUCAGAAAGGCAAAGACGUUGAGAGUGGUGUCCUCCAUCCAGAAAAUCGUGGGACUAAGUGCUAAUUAAAAUGUUUGCAAGGCCCACAUUGAGUCUGUAUUUGCAUCUUGAGUCUACAAGGCGACCGAGCCAUGGAGCAUGGCAUCAAGCUACAUACAGAUGAGGGGCACCUGGCUGGCCCAAAGAUGGGUUGGGCUGGUGGAGUGUGCGACCCUUAAUCUCGGGGUUAUGAGUUCUAGCCCCACAUUAGAGGUAGAGAUUACCUAAAAAAAAAAAAAAAAAAAAAAAAAGAUGAUAAA